AUGAUGAAUUACGUUUUUAAUAUUGUGAGUGUUUCAAAAGUGGCAUUGCUUCGGCAAUUUGUUUGUGCUUAUUAUGGCUACUGGAGUCGCGGUAGUGAUGUUAUUGACGAUACUUGUGACUACGGGAUCCCCCGUAGUGGUAUCCUUGACAAUAACUCUUGGAGCUCCGCGACUUCCAGUAGAAUUAUUCUUUUAAAAUUUGCUCUGUUCAUCGGAACAGUGAUUACCCUUUUUAAUAUUGGACGAAAGAUCAAAUGUUUAUGGAACGGACCGACUGAACUGAUAUCACCUGACCAGGAGGACGUCAGCGAGGCUGACAUCAACCAGGGCAGCAACACAUAUUCGGCUUUGAAGGACGUCUACGAAAAGAAGUUCGAGAAUCUCGAAUUAGAGAUUCAGUGCCUUCAAAGUGAGAAUUCUCGUUUGCGAGCGACCUUGCUGGAAAAGGAGAAUCUCUUCGAUGAAAUGGCUGACAAUUUUGACGGCUUGAGGCGAAGAGUUCUCGACAAUUUUAAAGAAAGGAUGGAAGACAGGCCUCUCUUGCACAGCGGAUCUAUCCAAGAAGAGGAAGACGAGUUUCUGGAUCUUGUUGAACAAACUUUGAAUGGUCCACUUGAAUGCGUCUUCCCCAAGCCAACCCUACUGGAGGAUUGUAGGAGGAACCACCUUUACGAAUCGUUACUCUUCCUUCGGCAGAAGUUGGAUAGACUGGAAAGAGAACAGCUGGAACAAUCUCGAGUGGAAAAAGAUCUUGAGAAGAUGAUUGGAUGUUUUAAGGAGGAGGUCCGUACUUUGGCGGAAGAUACCAGAAACCUCACGGAGGAGAUCACAAAUCUCCGGAGUGAAAAUAUGGACAAGGACGAACAGAUUGAACAACUGAAAGAGAACGACGUUAAACGAGAAGAGAUAGUGGACGGUCUGCAGGAAGAUCUGAGGAUUCUUCACGAGCAGAAGACUGAAAUGGAGAUCAUUAUUGCUCGUAUGGAGAAAGAAAAAACUGACCGCGAAGAGCAGGCUGAAGAUUUGGAGAAGGAAUUGAAAAAAGAAGUCAAUGACCUCAAGCAGAGGCUAACUCAGCAAAAGGAUAGGAAUCUGGGAAAGGACGAAGACAUCGAAAGAUUGAAAAGAGAGGUGGUUAAAAAAGAAGAGAAAAUAGGAGAUCUGGAAAAGCAAGUCCAGAAGUUAGCUGAGGACAAAAAGGCAUUAAUAACCGAAAUGGAAGACGAGGUUCAUCGCCUUAUGCAGGAGCUCAGUCGUCUCCAUGUGAAAAAGGACAUACAGGAUGAAAAAUGUAAGCAGGAACUGACUGAAAAAGAAGAGAAAAUAAGAGAUUUAGAGAAUGCAAACCUAAAUUUACUGGAAGAAAACAAGAAAAUUAUAAAUGAAAUGGAAAACAAAGUCAGUGACCAUAGACACGAGCUCAGCGACCUGCAGGAAAUGAAUAAGGAGAGGGAGCAGGAGAUUGCCCAGUUGGAAAAGGAAUUAACUGAAUGUAGAGAAAUAAUUGACGUUUUGGAAAAGGAGGUCGUCGCCUUGUUAGAUGAAAAGGAAAGAGUGAAAACAAAAAUGGGAAAUGAGAUGAACGACCUCCAAGAAGACCUGAGAAACCUGCAGGAUUUGAACAAGGAAAAAGACGAGGAGGUUGGACAGAUGGAAAAACAAUUAAGUGACUGUAGAGAAGUAAUUGACGUUUUGGAAAAGGAAAUCGUCGACUUGCUGUAUGAAAAGGAAAGUUUGAAAACGACACUGGAAAAGAAGCUGAACGACCUAGAGGAUUUGAACAAGGAAAAAGACGAGGAGAAUGGAGAGAUGGAAAAGCAAUUAACUGACUGUAGAGAAGUAAUUGACGUUUUGGAAAAUGAAAUCGUCGACUUGAUAUGUGAAAAGGAAGGUUUGAAAACGACAAUGGAAAAGAAGCUGAACAACCUCGAAGAAGAGUUGAGCAACCUGCAGGAUUUGAACAAGGAAAAGGACGAGGAGAAUGGAGAGAUGGAAAAGCAAUUAACUGAUUGCAGAGAAGUAAUUGACGUUUUGGAAAAGGAAAUCGUCGACUUGCUGUAUGAAAAGGAAAGUUUGAAAACGACACUGGAAAAGAAGCUGAACGACCUAGAGGAUUUGAACAAGGAAAAGGACGAGGAGAACGGAGAGAUGGAAAAGCAAUUAACUGACUGUAGAGAAGUAAUUGACGUUUUGGAAAAGGAAAUUGUCGACUUGCUGUAUGAAAAGGAAAGUUUGAAAACGACAAUGGAAAAGAAGCUGAACGACCUAGAAGAUUUGAACAAGGAAAAGGACGAAGAGAUUGGACAGAUGGAAAAGCAAUUAACUGAUUGCAGAGAAGUAAUUGAUGUUUUGGAAAAUGAAAUCGUCGACUUGAUAUGUGAAAAGGAAGGUUUGAAAACCAAAAUGGAAAAAGAGAUGAACGACCUCAAAGAAGAGUGA